AUGGAACAUCGAGCUUUGUGGGCUUUGAAGUUCUUAAAUUUUGAUCCAUUUGACACUCAUGAUAGGAGAAGAAGGCAAAUUCUUGAGCUUGAAGAGAUGCAGUUGCAUGCUUAUAAUUCCUCUAGGAAUUACAAAGAAAAGGUAAAAUUUUAUCAUGACAGGAAGCUGGUAAAGAGGCUUUUUCAUCCAGGACAGCGGGUGUUAUUGUUCAACUCACGCUUAAAGCUUUUUCCUGGGAAGUUGAAGUCUAAGUGGUAUGGUCCAUUUAUAGUUACGAAUGUUCAUCCGCAUGGAGCAAUUGAGUUGACAAAUCCGUCUGCUGAAGAUCCAAAAAGAAGUUGGGUGGUAAAUGGACAACGUCUCAAGCAUUAUUUGGGUGGUGAGGUUGAACGCCUUACUACAGUCAUGGAGUUGGUUGAUCUUUGA